AUGCUAAUCGCGACUCCGUUGACAGUAUACAACCGUCGCCAGUAUGGCCUUGCUCAUCUACGACAUCAUCUUGACCUUUCCGGACGAGGUAAAGACCUACUUGACUGCGUCUCGUCCUACCAGGCUCAUCAAAGUCUGCCAUUUGAGUAUGAGUUCAUCUGGUGCUCAAAGCUCACCGGAUACUCGUUGCUGUAUGUGGUCAUGCGCUACGGAAACCUCCUCCAGAUGGUCACGGUCCAGCUGCUACUUUACGCCUGGGAUAACGCCCCGUUAUCGUCGUGCAGGGCUCUCUUGUUGGCAGAUGCAUGGUCGAUCUUCCCGCUUAUCCUACCGCUCUUCCUAACUCUGGCCCUCCGUGCGUACGCGACUUGCGGGCGCGUGCCAAUGGCGAAAUGGUACCUUGGAGCCUUUUGCGUCUUUGUCAUUCUCGCCGAACUGGCCGGCGACAUUCUCUGGACUAUACAGGCAAGGGUCUCUGAUACCCCUCUUAUUGGUCUUCCGUGCAUCUACAACGUCAUUGUCGACUCUCCUGUCAUUGGUGCCGUCCUGCAAACGGGUCCUACGGCGCUCUUCGACUGCGUCAUGUUCGUGAUUGUCGCGUGGAACAUGCACCAAUCGUGUUAGUAAUUUUCAUUUCU